ACCAGAUCUGAAAACUGUUUCGAUGAGCCCUGGUUAUAAAAAUUGUAAAAAUAUUAAUGCUACCUGCAUUGCUUGGAGCCCGUAAGUGCCGGGGCUUUCUUAUGGCCAGGAACCUCUUGCAGUUGGCCAGUAAAAAGUCCAGGCGUUACUAUUCUUCGGGCGAUGACAUCAAAAAAUCAUCGGUAGACAAUCCAAACUGCACUAUGGCGGAGAUCAAGGAGGAUAUGAUGAAGAGCUUGGGCCUAGAGCCCGGCUACACCCGAGAGCCAAAGUCCAGGGAAGAGCUCCUUCAGUACCAACCCAAGAUCGAGGAACUGCCUGCACGAUCCAUGCAGGAUUCCUUCUCCUCGGCCAUCAUUCCUCUGAGCAAGAAUCCCAUGCUGCAGGACAAGUAUAUAAACUUUAGAGGCUUCGUCCGCCUCGGCAGGCUUCUGGAGGACAUGGACUAUUUUGCCGCUUGGUGUUGCCAUAGGCACUUGAAGCUUCCCAAUUUGCCGGAGGGAGUGCCUCUGCCCUACACCAUUGUGACCAUACUGGUGGACCGGAUCGACUUCACCGAAAUCACAGCAUCAGGCACACAGGACAUUCGCCUAUCCGGUCACGUCAGCUGGGUGGGAACCAGUUCCAUGGAGGUGGUGGUGUGGCUGGAGCAGAAGGUCGAUGAAAAGUACCAAAAAAUCACACGUGCUCUGUUCCUUAUGGCGGCCAGAAAUGCCACCAACACGGGAUCCGCUCCUGUGAAUCCCAUACAGCCGGCCAACGAGGAGGAGAAACUGAUCCUGGCUGGCGGGGCAGAAAGAAAGCAGCACCGGCAGAUACUGAGCGCCCAGUCCGUCUUCAAAGUGGAACCCAACGCUCAGGAGCAGUCGCUGAUAUACGAGAUCUACAAGAGGACCUCCCCCACCGAGCACGUGGGUCCGCUAAAGCGUCUCCUGCCACCCGACUGCUGCUGGAUGGAGGACUCCUUCCAGAUGAGCACUAUUCCGUCAUUUCCGGAGCACAGGAAUCACCACAACACUGUCUUCGGGGGGUUUCUUAUGCGAAGUGCCCUGGAGAUUAGCUGGGCAGCAGCUUUCCUCUUCUGCAAAACGCGACCCAAACUGGAGCACAUCUCGGACAUCAGCUUCGAGAAGCCCGUGAGCGUGAAUAGCUUCAUCAAAAUGACAGCCUAUGUUGUAUACACGAAGCUCAACUACGUGCAGAUCAUGACCGUAGCCGAUGUCCUGGACCCGUAUUCCGGCAACCGUGUGACCGCUAACGCGUUUUAUUACACUUUCGCAGCUCCGGAUACGGUUACUGAAGUCCUUCCCCGGUCCUACCACGAAACCAUGUGGUACAUCCAUGGUCGCCGCAAGUUCAAUGCCAGCAAUGUUUAUAAGUCUGAAACAAUUUCCUAGAUAAGUACAAAAUACACAGUUAAUAAACACAAAAAAAAUUUAUAGUUCUUAUAUAAAAGAA